AGUUCUCAAGGCCGUAGGUCGAGUGUGAAGCACCUCUGAACGUCCCAGCGGUGCUCUGUUGGUGUUUGUCAGCCAUGCCGAACUUCACGGUGGACCAGAUGCGCACCAUCAUGGAUAAGACGGAUAACAUCCGCUCCAUGAGUGUGAUCGCGCACGUGGACCACGGCAAGUCCACCCUGACCGACUCCUUGAUUUGCAAGGCUGGCAUCAUCUCAGCCAAAGCGGCUGGUGAUGCGAGGUUCACGGACACCCGUGCAGAUGAGCAGGAGCGCGGCGUGACCAUCAAGAGCACAGGAGUGUCUCUGUACUUCGAGCACGAAGACGAUGACAGCCAGGGACCCAAGCCCCACUUGAUCAACUUGAUUGACUCUCCAGGCCACGUGGACUUCUCCUCAGAGGUGACAGCAGCCCUGCGAAUCACAGACGGCGCCAUGGUCGUGGUGGAUUGCAUUGAAGGCUGCGCUGUGCAGACGGAGACGGUGCUGCGACAGGCUCUGCAGGAGCGAGUGAGGCCAUGCCUCUUCGUGAACAAGGUGGAUCGCUGCAUUUUGGAGCUGCAGAUGGAAGCCGAGGACAUGUAUUCUCGCUUCCGACAGGCCAUCGAGAACGUGAACGUGAUCAUUGCCACCUACAACGAUGCCUUGAUGGGCGAUGUGCAGGUGACCCCAGAGAAGGGCACUGUGGCGUUUGGCAGCGGCCUUCACGGAUGGGGCUUCACCACUGAGCGCUUUGCCAAGAUCUAUGCCACCAAGAUGGGCGUGGAGAAGGAGAAGAUGAUGCAGCGCAUGUGGGGCGACUCUUUCUUCAAUGCCAAGAAGAAGGUGUGGACCAACGUGAUGCAGCCUGAGGGUUGCAGUGAGCCUUUGCAGCGAGCUUUCUGCCAGUUCAUCAUGGGCCCCAUCAACCAGCUGAUGCGGGCCAUCAUGAAUGAUGACAAGGAGAAGUAUGAGAAGAUGAUGGGCACCCUGGGCAUUGUGCUGAAGGGCGACGAGAAAUCCCUGACUGGCAAGCCUCUCAUGAAGCGAACCAUGCAGAUCUGGAUCAAUGCCGCGGACACUUUGCUGGGCAUGAUCGUGACCAAGCUGCCGUCGCCCAGGCAGGCCCAGAAGUACCGCGUCGAGAACUUGUACGAGGGUCCCAUGGAUGAUGCGGCGGCCAACGGCAUUCGCAGCUGCGAUCCUGCAGGCCCGCUGAUGAUGUACGUGUCCAAGAUGGUUCCCACCUCGGACAAGGGCCGCUUCUACGCCUUUGGCCGCGUGUUCUCUGGCACCAUUGCCACGGGACAGAAGGUGCGAAUCCAGGGUCCGUACUACAAGCCCGGGACCAAGGAGGACCUGCAUGUGAAGAACAUCCAGCGAACAGUCUUGAUGAUGGGCCGCACCACUGAGCAGAUCCAGGAUGUGCCGUGUGGCAACACUGUCGCCCUUGUCGGCGUGGAUCAGUACAUCCUGAAGUCGGGCACCAUCACCAAUUUGGAGGAUGCCCACAACAUUGCCGACAUGAAGUACAGCGUGUCUCCUGUUGUCAAGGUUGCAGUGAAGGCCAAGGAUGGCAAGGACUUGCCCAAGCUGGUGGAGGGCCUGAAGAAGCUGUCCAAGUCGGACCCACUGGUGGUGUGCACUACCGAGGAGAGCGGAGAGCACGUCAUUGCGGGCUGCGGCGAGCUUCAUGUUGAGAUUUGCUUGAAGGAUCUGAGGGAUGAGUAUGCGCAGUGCGACUUCAUCGUGUCAGACCCCGUGGUGUCCUACCGCGAGACUGUGAGCGAGCAGUCUGGCCAGACCUGCCUCGCCAAGUCGCCGAACAAGCACAACCGCAUCUACUUGGUGGCGGAGCCCAUGGACGAGGAGCUCAACAAGGCCAUUGAGGAGGGAACCGUGGGGCCCAAGACUGAUCCAAAGGAGCGAGCCAAGAUUCUGACGGAAAAGUUCGACUGGGACAAGCAGGUGGCCCAGACGAAGAUUUGGUGCUAUGGCCCCGAGACCGAUGGUGCAAACCUUGUGGUCGACUCCACGGUGGGUGUGCAGUACCUCAUCGAAAUCAAGGAGCACGUGAACAGUGCAUUCCAGUGGGCCACAAAGGAGGGACCGCUGUGUGAGGAGAACAUGCGAGGCAUUCGCUUCAACCUCAUGGAUGUGACCUUGCACACUGAUGCCAUCCACCGCGGUGCAGGGCAGAUCAUGCCUCCCACAAGACGAUGCUGCUUUGCAGCUGAGCUCACUGCCAAGCCAACUCUUCAGGAACCUGUAUUCUUGGUUGAGAUCACGUGCCCACAAGAGGCCAUGAGUGGUGUCUACAACUGCAUGAACUUGCGGCGAGGAUGCGUCUUUGAGGAGAACCCCAGAGAGGGCACGCCUUUGAUCCAGGUGAAAGCGCACCUGCCUGUCUCUGAGUCUUUCGGUUUUGUUGCUGCCUUGCGACAGGCUACCAGUGGUCAGGCAUUCCCGCAGUGCGUCUUCGACCACUGGGAGAACCUGCCCGGAAAUCCCAUGGACAAGGGCAGCAAGAUGGAGGAGCUCAUCCUGCAGAUCCGCAAGCGCAAGAACCUCAAGGUGGAGAUGCCGGCUCUCGGCGACUACCUGGACAAGCUGUAAGAGGGCAGCUUUAGAGACUGCAGGAAGUCAGGAAGACCUUCUUUUGUAGAUAGUCAUUAGCCUUGUUUGGCACGCUUGUUGACUAUUGGUUGAUGUGCGUCGCCAGCGAAUGAGAAGGCCAGCUUGAGUCAUCUCCGAUUUCUGCAUUCUUGCAGUGCAGAACUCUGUCGAAAAGAGGUCCCAGUAUUUAAGAUUUAAGUUGCAGCUGACAACAGGAGAUCCCGCCAAAUAUGGAUCAAUUCCAGGAGAAUUCAGAACAAGCGUCUUGCCAGGAAUUGGUUUUCAGGUUUUCAUUUUUCCUAUUCUUGGAGUUUGUUCAAAGGGAAAUCCAGAGGACCUUGGCCAUGUUGGUCUUCGAUCUCUGUGUGUUCAGACAAAGGCCAUGCUGUCCUUGUGCCGCCGCAGUUCUCAAGGCCGUAGGUCGAGUGUGAAGCACCUCUGAACGUCCCAGCGGUGCUCUGUUGGUGUUUGUCAGCCAUGCCGAACUUCACGGUGGACCAGAUGCGCACCAUCAUGGAUAAGACGGAUAACAUCCGCUCCAUGAGAGUGUGAUCGCGCACGUGGACCACGGCAAGUCCACCCUGACCGACUCCUUGAUUUGCAAGGCUGGCAUCAUCUCAGCCAAAGCGGCUGGUGAUGCGAGGUUCACGGACACCCGUGCAGAUGAGCAGGAGCGCGGCGUGACCAUCAAGAGCACAGGAGUGUCUCUGUACUUCGAGCACGAAGACGAUGACAGCCAGGGACCCAAGCCCCACUUGAUCAACUUGAUUGACUCUCCAGGCCACGUGGACUUCUCCUCAGAGGUGACAGCAGCCCUGCGAAUCACAGACGGCGCCAUGGUCGUGGUGGAUUGCAUUGAAGGCUGCGCUGUGCAGACGGAGACGGUGCUGCGACAGGCUCUGCAGGAGCGAGUGAGGCCAUGCCUCUUCGUGAACAAGGUGGAUCGCUGCAUUUUGGAGCUGCAGAUGGAAGCCGAGGACAUGUAUUCUCGCUUCCGACAGGCCAUCGAGAACGUGAACGUGAUCAUUGCCACCUACAACGAUGCCUUGAUGGGCGAUGUGCAGGUGACCCCAGAGAAGGGCACUGUGGCGUUUGGCAGCGGCCUUCACGGAUGGGGCUUCACCACUGAGCGCUUUGCCAAGAUCUAUGCCACCAAGAUGGGCGUGGAGAAGGAGAAGAUGAUGCAGCGCAUGUGGGGCGACUCUUUCUUCAAUGCCAAGAAGAAGGUGUGGACCAACGUGAUGCAGCCUGAGGGUUGCAGUGAGCCUUUGCAGCGAGCUUUCUGCCAGUUCAUCAUGGGCCCCAUCAACCAGCUGAUGCGGGCCAUCAUGAAUGAUGACAAGGAGAAGUAUGAGAAGAUGAUGGGCACCCUGGGCAUUGUGCUGAAGGGCGACGAGAAAUCCCUGACUGGCAAGCCUCUCAUGAAGCGAACCAUGCAGAUCUGGAUCAAUGCCGCGGACACUUUGCUGGGCAUGAUCGUGACCAAGCUGCCGUCGCCCAGGCAGGCCCAGAAGUACCGCGUCGAGAACUUGUACGAGGGUCCCAUGGAUGAUGCGGCGGCCAACGGCAUUCGCAGCUGCGAUCCUGCAGGCCCGCUGAUGAUGUACGUGUCCAAGAUGGUUCCCACCUCGGACAAGGGCCGCUUCUACGCCUUUGGCCGCGUGUUCUCUGGCACCAUUGCCACGGGACAGAAGGUGCGAAUCCAGGGUCCGUACUACAAGCCCGGGACCAAGGAGGACCUGCAUGUGAAGAACAUCCAGCGAACAGUCUUGAUGAUGGGCCGCACCACUGAGCAGAUCCAGGAUGUGCCGUGUGGCAACACUGUCGCCCUUGUCGGCGUGGAUCAGUACAUCCUGAAGUCGGGCACCAUCACCAAUUUGGAGGAUGCCCACAACAUUGCCGACAUGAAGUACAGCGUGUCUCCUGUUGUCAAGGUUGCAGUGAAGGCCAAGGAUGGCAAGGACUUGCCCAAGCUGGUGGAGGGCCUGAAGAAGCUGUCCAAGUCGGACCCACUGGUGGUGUGCACUACCGAGGAGAGCGGAGAGCACGUCAUUGCGGGCUGCGGCGAGCUUCAUGUUGAGAUUUGCUUGAAGGAUCUGAGGGAUGAGUAUGCGCAGUGCGACUUCAUCGUGUCAGACCCCGUGGUGUCCUACCGCGAGACUGUGAGCGAGCAGUCUGGCCAGACCUGCCUCGCCAAGUCGCCGAACAAGCACAACCGCAUCUACUUGGUGGCGGAGCCCAUGGACGAGGAGCUCAACAAGGCCAUUGAGGAGGGAACCGUGGGGCCCAAGACUGAUCCAAAGGAGCGAGCCAAGAUUCUGACGGAAAAGUUCGACUGGGACAAGCAGGUGGCCCAGACGAAGAUUUGGUGCUAUGGCCCCGAGACCGAUGGCGCAAACCUUGUGGUCGACUCCACGGUGGGUGUGCAGUACCUCAUCGAAAUCAAGGAGCACGUGAACAGUGCAUUCCAGUGGGCCACAAAGGAGGGACCGCUGUGUGAGGAGAACAUGCGAGGCAUCCGCUUCAACCUCAUGGAUGUGACCUUGCACACUGAUGCCAUCCACCGCGGUGCAGGGCAGAUCAUGCCUCCCACAAGACGAUGCUGCUUUGCAGCUGAGCUCACUGCCAAGCCAACUCUUCAGGAACCUGUCUUCUUGGUUGAGAUCACGUGCCCACAAGAGGCCAUGAGUGGUGUCUACAACUGCAUGAACUUGCGGCGAGGAUGCGUCUUUGAGGAGAACCCCAGAGAGGGCACGCCUUUGAUCCAGGUGAAAGCGCACCUGCCUGUCUCUGAGUCUUUCGGUUUUGUUGCUGCCUUGCGACAGGCUACCAGUGGUCAGGCAUUCCCGCAGUGCGUCUUCGACCACUGGGAGAACCUGCCCGGCAAUCCCAUGGACAAGGGCAGCAAGAUGGAGGAGCUCAUCCUGCAGAUCCGCAAGCGCAAGAACCUCAAGGUGGAGAUGCCGGCUCUCGGCGACUACCUGGACAAGCUGUAGAUAGUGUUAUCCCAGAUCUUUUGCACAGCGCCAGUUAAAGGUGUUCGGCCUGAGACAUGAUGUCAGCCCAC